AAUGUGAGAUGGGACUGGGAGUCCUAGUGAGAGAUAUAGGGAAGAAAAGGAAGUGAGCAGGCACAGACACUAGCAGCCUUCAGGAGUUCAAGUCUUUCGACAGCAGGAGGCUGGAAGAAAGGACAAAAGUGGCUCUGGUCGUGAUGGGGCUCUUGCUUGGCCUGCUGCUCCUGAGCAACCUACUGGUGGUCACCUAUGGCCAUCCCAUCCUGGAAGUGCCUGAGAGUGUGACAGGGCCUUGGAAAGGGGAUGUAAAUAUUCCCUGCACGUACGGUCCUCUGCAAGGCUAUACACAAGUCUUGGUAAAGUGGCUGGUAGAACGUGGCUCAGACCCAGUCACCAUCUUUCUACGUGACUCCUCUGGAGACCAUAUCCAGCAAGCAAAGUACCGGGGCCGCCUGCAUGUAAACCAUGAGGUUCCAGGAGAUGUGUCCCUCCAACUGAAUACCCUGGAGAUGGAUGACCGGAGCCACUACACAUGUGAAGUCACUUGGCAGACCCCUGAUGGCAACCAAGUCGUGAGAGAGAAGAUCAUUGAACUCCGGGUCCAGAAACUUUCUGCUUCCAAGCCCACAGUGACGACUGGCAGUGGCUAUGGCUUCACAGUACCCCAGGGAAUGAGGAUUAGCCUUCAAUGCCAGGCUCAGGGUUCUCCUCCUAUCAGUUAUGUUUGGUACAAGGAACAGACUAACAACAAAGAACCCAUCAAAGUAGGAGUCUUAAGUAACUUACUCUUCAAGCCUGCAGUGGUGGCCGACUCAGGCUCCUAUUUCUGUACUUCGAAGGCCCGAUUAGGCUCUGAGCAGCGCAGUGACACUGUGAAGUUUGUGGUCAAAGAUUCCUCAAAGCCACUCGAGCCCAAGAUUAAGUCACCUUCAACCAUGCAAUCCCCCUUGGAAGCAACAUCCACAAUGAACUCAUCCUGGGGCUGGACCACUGAAGUGGAUGGCUACGUUGGAAAGACAAGUGCUGGGCUAGGAAAAGGCCUGCCUAUCUUUGCCAUAAUUCUCAUCAUCUCCUUAUGCUGUAUAGUUGUCACCACCAUGACUUAUAUCAUGGUCUGCCGGAAGACACCACAACAAGAGCAUGUCUAUGAAGUGGCCAGGGUGCAUGCCAGGGAUGCCAGUGACUCUGGUGAAACCAUGAGGGUGGCCAUCUUUGCAAGUGGCUGCUCCAGUGAAGAGCCAGCUUCCCAGACUCUGGGCAACAACUACUCUGAUGAGCCUUGCCUGGGCCAGGAGUACCAGAUCAUCGCCCAAAUCAACAGUGACUACGCUCGCCUGCUGCACACAGUUCCUCCGGAUUAUGAGCUUCUGGCCACCAAGGGCGAGAAUGUCUGCUAAAAAUGUCCUACUGGGCCAGGGUCUGUUGAUAUACUUGCCUAUUCAGCCCUGGUAUUCUGCAUGGCCCCUAUCCCUGCUUUCUUUCUUCCUGGAUAAUCCAAAGUGUCUUCCUUGCCAACAUUGGGGCUGCUAGGAAUGACUGGCUUUAUUUAAGAACUUGCCAUAUGCACCCUAGGCAAGCCUGCUACUGGGUCAUGCCAUAGGCCCUUCUAGUAUCCCUACCUGGAGCUUUCAUUGCUUCUCUCCAAACAGCAGAGGGAAGUGCCUGUAGCACUAGGACUUGGUCAUCAUGCCUCUGGACACCACUCAACUUUGGCCUCUUACAACUGAACGACAGAGGGAGGUUCAGCUCUGCCAGCUCAGGAGCCCAGUUGGGUUCAGGAUCACAUCCCUUUCUCUAGUGCCAGAUAGCUUUUAAUUGAGAUUGUCAUGUAACAGGCCAGGGUUCAGUUCUGCUCCUGUACCAUGAAUCUAGGGCUCUGGUAUUCUUUUGAUGUUCAAUAAAUAUCUACACAUAAUA